AGGCGCGGGGAGGGGUGGGGGAGGAGGGAAAGCGGCGAGUAAGAUGGAAGAUGAGGAGGUCGCUGAGAGCUGGGAGGAGGCGGCAGACAGCGGGGAAAUAGACAGACGGUUGGAAAAAAAACUGAAGAUCACACAAAAGGAGAGCAGGAAAUCCAAAUCUCCUCCCAAAGUGCCCAUUGUGAUUCAAGACGAUAGCCUUCCCACGGGGCCCCCUCCACAGAUCCGCAUCCUCAAGAGGCCCACCAGCAACGGUGUGGUCAGCAGCCCCAACUCCACCAGCAGGCCAGCCCUUCCGGUCAAGUCCCUAGCACAGCGGGAGGCAGAGUACGCCGAGGCCCGGAAGCGGAUCCUGGGCAGUGCCAGCCCCGAGGAGGAGCAGGAGAAACCCAUCCUCGACAGGCCACCCAGGAUCUCCCAGCCUGAAGACAGCAGACAGCCCAAUAAUGUGAUCAGGCAGCCUCUGGGUCCUGAUGGGUCACAAGGCUUCAAACAGCGCAGAUAAAUGCAGGCGAGGAAGGAUGCCGCCGCCGCCGCCGUCUUCGCCUCCUGGGUCGUCCGCCACGGGUCGCACUGCCGUGGCAGACAGCUGGACUUGAGCAGAGGGAAUGACCUGACUUACUUGCACUGUGAUCCCCCUUGCUCCGCCCACUGUGACCUUGAACCCCAUGCACUGUGACCUCUCCCCUUCCCCCCUUCCCACUGUGAUUGGCACGUCGACAAGGGCUGUCUCAAGUCAAUGGAAAGGGAAAGAGGGUGGGGAUCCGGGGAGGGUCGGGGGGACCCACCAAGCACUCAGAGCAGAGAGUCAGACAGUGCCACUUGGCCACUUGGGGUAAAGCCAGUGCCAGCAAUAACAGUUUAUCAUGCUCAUUAAUUUGGGAUUUCAAAACACAAGUGAGAACUCCCGCUUACCCACCCCCAAGUGCAUGUCUUCAUCACUUAAAAAGUAAGUUCCAUUUGAAGAUAUCCUUUCUUUUUUUUUUCUUCCUAUUUUUGUUUGUUUAAUACAAAUAUCUGAUUUGCAAGAAAAGUGCAUGGGAAGGGUUUUAGCGGUUUAAUGAAUUUUUAAUUGAGAAAGGGUAGUUUGGUAGUCUACUUAAAAAUGUUUCUGGGAAAUUCUCUGGAAACAUUAACCAAUAGGAUUUUGGUGAGCUUAGCUUCUGUAUUCCUACUGCCACCCAGAAAUGGGGCAGGGCUCUGCAGCCCCCAGGACAGGCAAGCACCCCAUGCCUUUACCUCCCUCCCCAGCCAAGGCCCUGCCCUGGCUAGCUCCACAGGCUCGGAGAGUCUGGGGGAGGGGGUGCGAGCCCCUCCUCGAGUGUGCUAGAGGAAGGGGACGCGAGUGGACUUCUGCCGUGCUCCCUGGGGGCUCCCACCGGCUACUUCUGGAAGAGAGCAGGGAGCAUGUGGGAGAAGCCAGGGAUGUGGACUUGUGCAGUAUUCUGCUGUCAGCACAGACCAGAGAGGGUCUGUGGGCUCCUGGUGUGGGUAGAAGGUAGGUGGAUCUUCCCACCCGAGCAGGGCUCAACCCUAGGGGCUUGUGGCGUUCUCUCUGAACCCGGGAGCAGCUGAUUGGGAACAGAGCGGGGAAAGGACAUCUUGGCGGCAGACGAAUUCCCCAGAGGCCUCGGCUGCCCUGCACGCCUUCUUCCCAUGUCAAGGGCCUGGAGUGGAGGCAAUUUCUCCUCUGUCCCUGGAGCCUAGGAAAAUUUUUUUUUCGGCUCCUUGAGGUGGAAGAGGCUAGGAGGCCUGCUACCCGGACAGCUCCGUGCGUGCAGCCUGACCCCUCUCAGGCUCCUGGUCGCUUGCGUUGCACUGCGCCUUAUCCCUCAGCCAGCCUGCCAGCCUCCCAACUCCCGAACAGCAGAUGGGUUUUGGAUCAGUUGGUGCAGUUUUGGGCAGCUCCUGGUAGCCAAGGUGGCAAGCUGGGAUUGGUGGGCUCCGUCCCCCUUGGGCUCAGCUGGCUCUGGGAAUACCAGGCUGGGCCCACGGAGCCGCGUCCCACGAUACCUUCCCCUCGGGAGGAAGGGCCAGCUGCCAGUUGUCAGCAGUCAGUCCCUAGCACAGGAAGGUACGUAGCUUGGGCUUCCCCGUGAACGGAGCUGGAACAGGGCUUCAGUCAGGAACGGGCGGUUACCUCCAGGAGUGGGCGAGAGGAAAGUUGGCUGCUAAUCUUUAUACAGUCCCACUGCCCUGAACGAGUGUCCACCAUCUGAAUGUCUUGUCUAGCCCUCAAGUGAUAGUGGGUUUUGGCCCAAGGUGAGGCUGCCCUUUGAGUGAGAGAAGGGUGCAGCGGGGAGUCCACGUGGAAAGGCCGGGAGUGCCAACUGCUCAGCCCUGGGGAACACCUGUUCUUGGCCCCCUCCCCCGCGGGAGCCCACGGCAAGGCUGGCAGCGGGUGUCUUCAGAUUGAGGACGUGGCAGGGACUGGGGGACUGGUGUUCCCACCUCCCUCCGGCCAAAGAUGGGGCUCUGCCCGCUGUGUGCUGGCACCACCCCCAGCAGUCACACCCGGUCCCCAGGAGGAGAGGUGGCAGACAAAAUGUUAACGAAAGCAAACAAGGAACUGUGUUGUGUUGGGGGGAGGAGGGAGGGCAGACGGGAAAACGGUUUGGAUUUUGUGUGGUUUUUUGUUUUGUUUUGGUAGUUGUCUGUAACUUUCCUUAAGUGCUUUUUCCCCCCUUUUCCUUUUUUUUUUUUUUUUUUUAAAGUAAAUUGCAGGCUUUGGCUUGGAAAUCCCUGGGGGGGUGAGGGGCAGAAACCUGAGGCUGCUGCCCCUUUAUCUGCCUUCAUGGUACUGUCCAUCCCCCCCCCAGCUCCCCCAGACCCCAUGAGCCAGGCCUCAGACCUUCCAGCUAACCGCUUCCCAUGAGCCACUACUCUGAUGUCAGCCUAUAACCAAAGGAGCUGGGGGGCCGGGCCUGGUGACCAACCCUUCUCAGCCCACUCAAUGAGGGUGCUCCCCACCUGCAGGCAGGAGGCAACACCCUAUCUGCUACCAUCAGCCCCUUCCAGAGCCCACCUGCCUCACCCAGCCCUGCCCUGCCCAGCCAUACCCUGCUCUGCCCCAUCUGGGGGUGCUCUGCUCAGGGAGGGGCCGGCAGGGCUGCACCCAGCUUCCCUGGUAAGCAGAGACUCAAGAAACCUCCGGGGUCCUGUUUUCUGGUCGUGUGAUCCCAGGGGAGCGCAUGGGCCCCUUGGGUGUCUGAACAGAAGGGAAUGGGAGGGAGGGCCGCACCCACGCAGUCUUUGUGCUGGUGAUGCGGGCAGCUGCCUACCCCCACCCCACCCCGCACCGCGGGCUCCUGAGUCGGCAGAUUAAGCAUUUUAUAAAUUGUAUUUUAAAUACAUGUUUUAAACUUGUCA